AUGACCAUGAACAAUGCCACAGCAGUGUUUGAGUUUCUCCUUAUUGGCAUCUCUAAUUAUCCUGAGUGGAAAGGCACGUUUUUCACACUGGUGCUGAUGACUUACCUCAGCACAUUGUUGGGGAAUGGACUUAUCAUCUUUCUUACCUACUUUGACCCCCACCUCCACACUCCAAUGUACUUCUUCCUUAGUAAUCUGUCUUUCUUAGACAUUUGUUAUGGAACAGCCUCCAUGCCCCAGGUCUUGUUGCAUUGCUUCUCUACCCAUCCCUACCUCUCUUACCCACAAUGUUUGACCCAAAUGAGUGUUUCCUUGGCUUUGUCCACAGCAGAGUGCUUCCUACUAGCUGUCAUGGCCUAUGACCGUGUGGUUGCUAUCAGCAAUCCCCUGCGCUAUUCCAUGGUCAUGAAUGGCCCAGUUUGUGUCUGGUUGGCUGCUACCUCAUGGGGCGCAUCACUUGGGCUCACUGCUAUGCUCAUCUUAUCCCUGAGGCUUCACUUCUGUGGAGCUAAGGUCGUCAACCAUUUUGUCUGUGAGAUUCUCUCCCUCAUUAAGCUGGCCUGCUCUGAUACCACCCUCAAUGAGCUUAUGAUCCUCAUCACCAGUAUCUUCACCCUGCUCCUACCUUUUGGGUUUGUUCUCCUCUCCUAUGUCCACAUUGCUGCUGCUGUCCUAAGAAUUCGCUCAGCCCAGGGCAGGCUCAAGGCCUUUUUCACUUGUGGUUCUCACCUGACCGUGGUGACAAUCUUCUAUGGGCCAGCCAUCUCCAUGUAUGUGAAACCUCAGUCCAAGUCAUCCCCAGACAAGGACAAGUUUAUCUCCGUGUUUUAUGGGGCUUUGACACCCAUGCUGAACCCCCUGAUAUACAGCCUGAGGAACAAAGAUGUUAAAGGGGCAAUGAGGAAAGUUAUGGGGAAAAGGACAUAA